AUGGAGGUCCUUGCGCAGACACCGCGUGUGAGCCUCGCAUCUUUUGGUAACACAGCGGCCAGCAGCCUCAAGCGGCCAGUGUUUGUUCCUAGCACCAACGGUGCAUCUCCUGCACCCUGGGCGAAAAAGGACGCGAGGCUUGUAUUGGAAGACGGCUCUGUUUGGGAAGGAAGGGCGUUUGGCACACAGGGGACGGCUCUCGCCGAGGUGGUGUUCAACACAUCCCUCACGGGCUACCAGGAGAUUCUCACAGAUCCUUCCUACAAGGGACAAUUCGUGGUCUUCACACACCCGCACAUCGGCAAUGUCGGGAUCAACUUUGGGGACAUGGAGUCUGAAAAGUGCCAUCUGGGUGGCAUAAUCAUCCGAGACCUGGCUGCCAGUGUCAGCAACUACCGGUCCACAAAGACUUUGGAUGCGUACCUGAAGGAGCAGGGAGUGCUGGGCAUUGCAGAUGUGGACACACGCGCCAUCACCCGCCGGCUGAGGGACACAGGCGCGCUCAACGGCGUCAUCACCACCGAUCUGUCCACCCCUGUGGAUGACCUGGUGCAGCAGACGAAGAGCUGGUCCAUUCUGGGCAAGGAUCUGAUCUCCGAGGUCACUUGCUCGGAGCCCUAUGAGUGGAAGGACACCACCGAGCACGAGUGGGAGUUCAACCCCGCUGUGCAGGAGAAGGGCGAACUCUUCCACGUUGUGGCGUACGACUUUGGCAUCAAGCACAACAUUCUGCGGCGGCUGGCCUCCUUCGGCUGCAAGCUGACGGUGGUGCCUGCUGACUACCCCGCCAGCAAGGUCCUGGAAAUGAACCCUGAUGGCAUCUUCCUCUCCAACGGCCCGGGUGACCCGAGCGCAGUGCCGUACGCUGUGGAGAAUGUGAGGCAGGUGAUUGGCAAGAAGCCGGUGUUUGGCAUCUGCAUGGGCCACCAGCUGCUGGGGCAGGCGUUCGGCGGCGAGACAUUCAAGCUCAAGUUUGGGCACCACGGCGGCAACCACCCCAUCCGCUUCGGCCCCACCAGCCGGAUAGAGAUCAGCGCGCAGAACCACAACUACGCAGUCAACCCGGCCACUCUCCCGGACGACGUGGAGGUGACUCACAUCAACCUCAACGACGGCACAUGCGCGGGGCUGCUGUGCAAGCCCAAGAAGGCCAUGAGCAUCCAGUACCAUCCCGAGGCAUCCCCGGGCCCCCACGACGCGGACGUGUGCUUUGAGCAGUUCAUUGACAUGCUCAAGGCCGAGCGCGCAGGCGCCGUGCAGGCCGCCGUCGCCGCCUGAUGUGGCGCUGGAGUGAUGCUUGAAACAAAAUGAUCCGCUGGGACAUCCGCCGUCGCGUCCUGAUGCGGCCCAGCAUUGAAGACUCGAUCUGCAGUCGAGUCUCUGUGCCUGGACCCUGUUGUGGCCUCAACUGAAUCGCUCAGAGACUCGAUCAGCAGUCAGGAGUCUUGAGCCUGGUCCUGCUUGGCCUCAACUUAGUGGCAAUGACAAGAGUGACGAGCACUCCGUGCAUAACAUGGUCCAGCGAUUGACACCCGCGACGCUUGAUCUUUACAGUCUGACAGGUUUGCUAGCAGCGCCUUUGUGUCCAUGGGGUCACUUUUGGUGUCGAAUGAAUGCACUAGCUUUUGCAUGAAAGAUAUCUUGGGCAUGGGUAUGAUUUGGAAAUGGCAUUCCUGUCAAAGCCAGGUAAUCGUGGGUUCAUACAUUAAAACUUACAUACAUUAAAACUUGGUUAGGCCGAUCUUGCGAGAAUUUCAGGUGACAAGCUCUCAAGGAGAUAUCACUGGUGUUGCCCAGGGCAGCCCAUCUGAUACUGAAACCCUCCACGUGCACAGGAUCCUUAGCAUUGUUAAGUGUUUGGAAGUUGCAAUCUUGAGAGUAUGCUUGGCGCUUUCUAAGUUAGAUCUCCUGAGGAGAGUCUGUUCUUGCUGGGAUCAACAUAAUGCUGUGAUCUGCAGAAGCAGAAUGAACCACAGACAGUUGUGCCAUACACGGGCUGUGAGAGGUGCACAGCAUAAAUGUUGAUGUGUAGAGCAAUUGGCUGGGAAAUUACUUACGCGUUUUACAUGUGAGUACCCAUUGC